AUGUCUUCAUCUUCUUCGUCUUCUCAAAUCACAUUCGGCCGAGACGCCUCCUCAACGCUGCAGCAACGUCUCCAGUUCCUCCUCCAAAGCAGGCCUGAAUGGUGGGUGUAUUCCAUUUUCUGGCAAGCUUCCAGGAAGGCUCAUAACCACCUUGUGUUAUCAUGGGGCGAUGGAUAUUUUCAAGGGACCACGGUUUUUACAGGCAAAUCUAAUAAGCUUGGCCAACCCAGAUUUGUGUCUAGUUUUGAGAUAAUGGUGGAUGCCGAUGUCACUGACUUCGAGUGGUAUUACACCGCAUCGAUAACCCAAGUUUUCGCCAUCGGAGAUGGCGCUGUUGGGAAGACCUUCGGCUCAGGCUCCUACAUAUGGUUGACUGGAGACCAGGAGCUGCAGUUGUACGAAUGUGACCGAGUUAAAGAAGCUCAAAUGCGAGGAAUUCGGACCAUAGUCUUCCUUUCGACAUCCUUCGGGGUUGUUGAAUUGGGAUCUUCCGAAAUGAUACAAGAGAAUUGGGCCAUGCUGCAGCUUGCAAAAUCAAUUUUCGGUUCUGAGGUCCAAAUUGCAACUCAAAUAGUCCCUCAUCUUGAUAUUGGGAAGGUUUCAAGUGAUCAUAAGCAACAAAGUGACACAAACAAAGAUACUAAGGAUUUAUUACUCCGUUCGUCAUCGGACUCCGGUGCUGGUUCUGAAGGCAAUUUUGCCUCCGCCGCCGAUAUGGAGUUCAACGUUCAGUUGAAGAAGAGAGGAUGGAAGCCGGGGAGUGGAAAAACAACCCCUUCAAACCACGUCGAAGCCGAAAGGGUUCGACGCGAGAAGCUGAACCAUCGAUUCUAUGCACUUCGAUCCGUGGUUCCUAACGUGUCCAAGAUGGACAAAGCGUCUUUACUUUCAGAUGCAGUAGCCUAUAUCAACGAGCUUCGAUCCAAGAUUGAAAAACUGGAGAUUUCCCUCAAAGUUCAAUCCCAAAAAUCAGAGCUAAGCGCCAUUGGCAAUACAAGGCAGACCUCAAACUAUGGGCCAACACUCAUGAAAGUCGACGUGAAGAUUGUAGGGUCAGAUGCCAUGAUUCGAGUUCAAUGUCCUGAUGUCAAUUACCCAGCUGCAAGACUGAUGAGAGCUCUUAGAGCCCUAGAGCUUCAGGUGCACCAUGCCAGCAUAUCAACUGUGAAUGAGCAAGUGCUCCAAGAUUGA